GGACAGGGUGUGUGUGGACUGGACUCGACUGAACUCUGCCGCGCCGCUUCUCCUCUUCUUCCGCGGCCAUGGCGACGCCCGCGCCUGCGACUCUCUCCACCGCCCGCAGCUUGCGCCCGCGCUGCUCUCCCUUGCGCGGCGCCCUCGCUGUACCUACCGCCCGCCUCGGCCGCUGGCGCCGCUCGCUGGGCUCGCUGCGCGCGGAGGCCGCCGCGGAGGACGCCGCGGGGGCGGGGGUCGGGGUCGGGGAGCAGCUCAAGGCCGGGGUGGCCGUCUACAAGCCGCGAUCGUACGAGGUGCUCGUCGCCGACGCCGCGCGCUCCCUCGCCUGCGCCAUCGACGACGGCAGGACCCGCCUCGAGAUCGAGUUCCCGCCUCUGCCGAGCAACAUCUCUUCUUACAAGGGAUCUUCGGACGAGUUCAUCGAUGCCAACGUCCAGCUCGUUCUCGCGGUCGCAAGGAAUCUCAAAGAGCUCAGGGGGACUAGGUCAUGUAUAGUGUUUCCUGAUCAACCAGAAAAGAGAAGGGCUUCGCAGCUGUUCCGAACAGCUAUAGAUUCGAUUGAGGGCGUUACAGUCAGUUCCCUGGACGAUCUUCCCUCCGGACCCAUCAACAACUUCUUCAAAUCGAUAGUUAGUACCCUGGAUUUCGACUUCUCUGACGACAACGAAGAUCGAUGGAAAUCUGACGAACCACCAUCGUUAUAUAUCUUCAUCAACAGCAGUACACGUGACCUUUCAUCAAUAGAGAAGUAUGUGGAAACUUUUGCUCCAUCUACACCUUCUGUUCUCUUUAAUCUUGAACUAGAUACCUUGCGUUCUGACUUGGGGAUUCUGGGAUUUCCCCCAAAAGAUUUGCAUUACCGGUUUCUUUCUCAGUUUACACCAGUAUUUUAUAUCAGACAGCGUGACUACUCCAAGACAAUCGCAGUCACUCCGUACAUAGUGAACUACAGUGGUGCUGUCUUCCGUCAAUACCCAGGGCCCUGGCAAGUCAUGCUUAAGCAGGCUGAUGGUUCUUAUGCAUGUGUUGCAGAGAGUGCUUCUCGGUUCACUUUGGGGCAGGCCAAGGAAGAACUAUUGAGAGUUCUCGGUUUGCAAGAAGAGGAAGGAAGCUCGCUUGAAUUCCUCAGGAGAGGAUACAAGAAUGCCACUUGGUGGGAAGAGAAUGUCGAUCAGGAGAAGUCGCCCGCAUGGCGAACCUGAGUUGCCCCCCGCUGGUUAGAUGCCGAACCGUUGAUCUGACUAGGCAAACAGAGAUGUACAUGCCAAAGAAUGUUCAUAAAAUAGGAAAAAAUUGGUGUUUGGAAAAGGACCAGAUGUGUACUUUUCAGUGUUCAUGGAUCUUUAGCUGAUGGUGUAGCUGAAAUUACAGAAAGAAAGCCCACACACCACAAAUCAUACAGAUACGGUGGAGACAUUGCCUGAGCUGCUAUUUCUACUUUUAUCUCAGUUCUGAGAUGAAUCCUCCUUUGCUUUUUUUUUUGUUGUA